CAUGCGCAGCAGCGUCUCGCGCCUCUUUUCCGUCUGGCUCGUUCCAGCAUGGGGUUCUUGCAAAGGCUCGUGUCCCUGCUGACUCUCCUAUCUGGUCCGCUGCUCGAACUAGGGAAUGGGCACACUGCUAAUAUGGUGCAGCUCUCAGGUGGCAGAUUCCAGAUGGGAACAAAUUCUCCAGAUGGCAGAGAUGGUGAAAACCCUGUUCGAGAGGUGAUAGUAAAACCCUUUGCCAUCGAUAUAUUUCCUGUCACCAACAAAGAUUUCAGGGAGUUUGUCAGGGAGAAAAAGUACAAGACAGAGGCCGAGAUGUUUGGGUGGAGCUUUGUCUUUGAGGACUUGGUCUCUGAAGAACUUAGAAACAAAGCAAACCAGCACAUGAAGUCUGUUCUCUGGUGGCUUCCUGUGGAAAGGGCAUUCUGGAGGCAGCCUGCAGGUCCUGGCUCUGGCAUCCGAGAAAAACUAGAGUUCCCUGUGGUACAUGUGAGCUGGAAUGACGCUCAUGCUUACUGUGCUUGGCAGAGGAAGAGGCUACCCACCGAAGAGGAGUGGGAAUUUGCUGCCCGAGGAGGAUUGACUGGUCAGAUCUACCCAUGGGGAAACCAUUUCCAGCAAAACCGCACCAACCUAUGGCAGGGAAAGUUCCCCAGAGGUGACAAGGCUGAGGAUGGAUUCCAUGGAAUCUCCCCAGUGAAUGCUUUCCCCCCACAGAAUGCCUAUGGGAUCUAUGACCUCAUGGGCAACGUGUGGGAGUGGACAGCUUCCUCCUAUCAGAAUGCUAACCAGGACAUGCGUGUCCUCCGGGGGGCAUCCUGGAUUGACACAGCAGAUGGCUCUGCCAAUCAUCGGGCCCGCGUUACCACCAGGAUGGGCAACACUCCAGACUCAGCUUCAGACAACCUAGGUUUCCGCUGUGCUUCUGAUGCAGGCCGACAAGAGUUGUGAGCAGCCACGCAGGGUCCCUGUGUCCCUCCUUGGCCAUACUCCAAAUAGUCAGUCUCUGAAUUCUCAGAGAUGAGAAUGUCUCAGACAUGACCUCACUUUCGCCCAUCCCUCGAAGUGGCCCCUCUCAUCAAGAGGGAGAGGACUCUGACCUUGAACAAGAGGCCUGACUCACUGGUUGUGGCUGGGAGCUAUGUGUUCCUCUUAGAUGUCAAAUAUUAACUGUACAGAUUUUCUCAAGGCAGGAUUUUCUUUUCCCAGAAGAUUUCUGGGAAAGGAAAAUUCUUUCAUUGGCCUUAUUUGUAUAUAUACUUCUGAAGGACUCUCGUUUUCAGAAUCUAACACAUAGUACAGGUACUUUAUUCUUUUA